GACACAACCACUUCUCCUCUCUCUCCCAGUCUCUCCCCUCUCGCCUCCGCUGCCUUCUCCCCCAAGUCCCACCCCACUUCGCGGCCUCCGCCACCUCCUGCCGCAGGUACGCGCCGCCGCUCGUGCGUGUCGCACUCGCGGCGCUUGCGCCUAACCUCUCCCCCGGUUACCGACCGCACCGCAGGCGCGGAUUCAAUUUGUUCGCAGCGAUGGCGCCGUCCAGGCACGCGGACGAGGGCGGGCAGCUCCAGCUCAUGGAGGCCGACAGGGUCGACGAGGAGGAGGAGUGCUUCGAGUCCAUCGACAAGCUGAUCUCUCAAGGGAUAAACGCAGGAGAUGUCAAGAAGCUGCAGGAUGCAGGAAUUUACACUUGCAAUGGCCUAAUGAUGCAUACCAAGAAGAGCCUUACAGGAAUCAAAGGUUUAUCUGAAGCUAAAGUUGAUAAGAUCUGCGAGGCAGCUGAAAAAAUUCUGAGCCAGGGCUUCAUGACAGGAAGUGAUCUCCUUCUUAAGCGGAAGUCUGUUGUCCGGAUUACAACUGGGAGCCAGGCACUUGAUGAGCUACUUGGCGGAGGGAUUGAAACACUUUGCAUCACAGAGGCAUUUGGGGAGUUCCGGUCAGGGAAGACUCAGUUGGCUCAUACUCUCUGUGUCUCCACUCAGCUUCCAAUCCACAUGCAUGGGGGGAAUGGGAAGGUCGCCUACAUUGACACUGAGGGAACAUUCCGACCUGAACGCAUUGUGCCAAUCGCUGAGAGAUUUGGGAUGGAUGCCAACGCUGUUCUUGACAACAUCAUAUACGCUCGUGCAUACACCUAUGAGCACCAGUACAACUUGCUGCUGGGCCUUGCUGCCAAGAUGGCUGAAGAACCUUUCAGGCUUCUGAUUGUGGAUUCUGUGAUUGCACUGUUCCGUGUUGAUUUCAGUGGCAGGGGUGAACUUGCAGAGCGUCAGCAAAAGUUAGCACAGAUGCUGUCCCGCCUUACCAAGAUUGCUGAGGAGUUCAAUGUUGCAGUGUACAUCACCAACCAAGUGAUUGCUGAUCCAGGUGGUGGCAUGUUCAUAACUGAUCCAAAGAAACCAGCAGGUGGCCACGUGUUGGCGCAUGCUGCUACCAUCAGAUUGAUGCUGAGGAAAGGCAAAGGCGAACAGCGUGUCUGCAAGAUUUUUGAUGCCCCUAACCUUCCUGAGGGAGAAGCUGUUUUCCAGGUUACAUCAGGUGGAAUAAUGGAUGCAAAAGACUGAUCAUCCGCUCAGAGAGUGCUUCCUGUCCUAAGAUCUCGUUCAGGCUUCUUUAGUAAAGUCUGCAACAUACAUCUGUACAUCGAGAGAAUUUACAGUAGUGCUUCUUCAACAUAGAAAAAAGUAGGCAAACUCUAUGGUGCUUAGGCCUUCUACUGGGCAUUUUUGCACGGAGUUGAGAACAUGAGAGAUCGAAACAACUGUACCGAGAGGAUAUGUUUUCUAUGAGGUGAACGUCUUAAUGUGUUCUUGGCUUCCCAAAAACUAGGCAGAGUAUUUGCUAUGCAACAGGAGAACAUCACUGCGCUUCUUGGUUAGUUUAUAACAUACAAUGAAUGAA